GCGGCGUACACUCGAGCGCUGGCUUAUGUAUUAUUAGAGGUUCAGCAAGAUUUUCCUCAUUCAGCUUGCACACUUCUCAGUGGCAAGAAGUGAUCGUCGUGCCUAAUCGUGUUCCCUCACCUGAUUGGUGGAGCCGCGUCACAACGUCGCAGCGUCGCUUAAUUUCCACGCUAAUAACGAAAUCAGUUCAAUUUUGUAAACUAUAAUUAAUGCGUAAACGGUUAAUUUAAUUUAGAACGUUCGCAGUUAUCGAUCGUUUUGCGUCUGCAAUUCGAAUGCUUACCGCGUAUUUUCUAUAUUGCCAACGCCGUGUAUAAAAAUACAAAGUGAUUUUGGUUUUUUUUUUUUGUUGCCGCGUGUGUUUGAAGAUGCUCUAGUGACGCUUGUUGGUGGUUGCAAUGUUUUGAAAAGGUUUCCCCCACCCACCCACGCAAUACACAAUUAAAAACAAGGCGCGUGUCACUACAGCUGGACUUCCUUGUCUAGCGAUCAUUGAUCGUUUAUUGUCAUUAUUGAUGCAAACAAACACACACACAUACACACAUACACAUUGUGUAACGACGCUUUAAAUACGUUCAGCUGUCGUUUUUAACAAGUGAUCUCCACACAAGUAGCCAGUCGACUGCACAACUACUUACAUAUAUAAUAUAUAGGUGUGUGGUGAUGCGCAGACUCGCAGGCGUUAACAGUGUCUAGUGUAUCAGUGGUGCGUGUCGGCGCAGUUUUUUUUUUGUUUGCCGGAGUAGGUGAAUGAGCAGUUAUCGAGUGCUAUUUUGGUGUUAAAAUUUGUAAAGAAAAGCUAAAAAAUGGUGGAAGUUCAGGCCCGCACCGUGCUCUGGUAUUUGGUUUUCAUCGGCUUCGCCGUGAAUUACAUGAUUCGCAUAAAUCUUAAUAUAACGAUCGUCGAAAUGAUCGCCACUAAGCCGACAUUGACGGCGGUCGUCACCACACAAGCGCCGGCGUUAACAAAUUUUACACAAAAUCAUUUACUCAACGACAGUCAUAUGCAUUUGGCGUCAGCCAACAAUAACAGUAUUAAUGCAAAUUUAAGUAGUAAUAAUUUGGCUGUGAGCGUGAAUGCUCGUAAUCAUAGCAGCAAUGUUGAUGUUGGUGGCGUUAAGGUGCUGCAGGAGGUGGCGAAGGAGCAGCGUUAUACGUGGGAGAGACAAUUGCUCAAUGCGUUGGGUAUACCGUAUGAAGCGGAUGGUUUCGCUUGGAAUGAAUAUCAGCAAGGUCUAGUUUUAGGCUCAUUUUAUUGGGCACAUUGGCUUACACAAAUUCCUGGCGGUAUUUUAGCUAAGAAAUAUGGUACGAAAUUGGUUUUUGGCCUAUCGAACGCUGUCGGUUGUUGGAUUUGUUUCGUCAUACCGUUGGCGUCGUAUUGGAAUUAUCAAGUGCUUAUCUGGCUGCGAAUACUGCAAGGUCUUGUAACGGGUUUGUCAUGGCCAGCUAUGCAUCACAUGACUGCUAAAUGGAUACCGCCAAAUGAGCGUAGCAAAUUCGUUACCGCCUACUUGGGUAGUUCGGUUGGUGUCGCGGCUUUCUAUCCCAUUUUCGGUUAUGUUAUGCAUUGGACUUCUUGGGAAUGGGUUUAUUUGAUGUGCGGCAUUAUUGGCACAGCUUGGUGGUUUUGUUGGCUAUACUUCGUCUACAACACACCAGCGGAGCAUCCACGUAUUGAUAUCUCUGAACAGCGUUAUAUUGAGAAAUCUUUGGGUGCAUCGGUACAUCAUGACGAUUUAGGACCGACACCUUGGCGCCGAAUACUCACCUCACGUGCAGUGUGGAUGAAUGUGAUUGCGCAGUGGGGCGGCAUUUGGGGUCUAUUCACAAUGAUGACACAAGCGCCGACAUAUUUCCGUGUUAUACAUCAUUGGAAUAUCAGAGCGACCGGUAUACUUUCCGGUUUGCCACAUUUAAUGCGCAUGCUAUUCGCUUUGGCCUUUUCGAUGUUUGCGGACUAUUUGCUGCGUACCGAUAAAAUUAAACGUACAAAUUUGCGAAAAUUGGCAACAGGCAUUUGUUGCAUUGUGAAUGGCUCGAUGGUAAUAUGUCUUGCCAUAUUUGGCUAUAAUGCUUUGGCGGCGAUUGUGUUCCUCACUUUGGCCUUAAUGUUUCACGGCGCGGUGUCUUCAGGUCCACUCGCGUCCAUUGUUGAUAUGUCGCCUAAUUAUGCGGGCAUAGUACUGGGAAUUAGCGGAAUGAUUGGCGUUCUGCCCGGUUUUAUAUCAUCCUAUAUUGUGGGCAUAAUGACGCUGAACAAUCAAACCGUUGAAGCUUGGCGUAAUGUAUUUUUGCUCUGUGCGGGCAUGUUGAUUGGCAGUGGUGUGCUCUAUGUACUGUUUGCCGAUUCGACACUACAAGACUGGAAUUCACCGAAACGCGCGCAGUUAGUUAUCGAUCCAAAAGAGUUGGAGUUCCUGCAUGCGAAGGUCACAAAAGAGAAUGAGAAGCCGCGUAUUGAUGAAGAGGAGAAGGAAUCAGAUUAUAAAAGUUAAAGUUAAAAAAAUUUCACUCUGUGAAUAUUUCGGUUGAAUUUAUUCUGAUGAAUUUGUUAAGUAUUAAGUUAAAAUUUAGUGAUACUUUAUUAAAUCUUUGUAUUUGUGAAUUUUUAUUGUUUAAUAUUACGCUUAAGCUAUGAAUUAUGGAGUGCCUUAUUAAUUUUAAGUAUGUUGUAUA